AUGGCUGUUGAUCGGCUCGGCUCCAUCCUCAAGCACCUGUCUCCGGGCAGCUCGCUCUCCCAGAUCACCUCCAAGAAUGCCGAUGAUAUCGUCAUCACGCUCGCCAUCCGGACACCAUUGACCAAGGCGAAGAAGGGCGGCUUCAAAGACACCAGCCUGGAGUAUAUGGUCUACGCCCUGCUAAAGGAAGUGCGCGAGCGCAGCAAGAUCGACCCUGCGCUUGUCGAGGAUAUCUGCCUGGGAAAUGUCUCGGACGGCAAGGCCGCCUACAAGCUACGAGCCGCCUCGCUGGCCGCCGGCUUCCCAAACACCACCAGCUGCUCCUCCCUGAACCGCUUCUGCUCGUCAGGCCUCAAAGCCGUGGCCGACAUUGCCCACGCUAUCCAUAGCGGCUCCAUCGAGGUGGGCGUCGCGAUAGGCGCCGAGCAAAUGACCAUUGGCGGCGACGCCCUGGAGAAGCCGUUUGACGAGGAGGUGACCAAACACUCGACAGAGUCGGCCGACUGCAUGCAGCCCAUGGGCUGGACGAGCGAGAACGUGAGCCGCGACUUCAACAUCUCGCGCGAGGAGAUGGAUAAGUACGCCGCCGAGAGCUUCCAGCGCGCCGAGCGGGCGCAGAAGGCCGGCCUGUUCGAUGACGAGAUCGUGCCGAUCAAGACGCGUGUCAAGGACGCCAACGGCGAGUGGCAGGACGUCACGCUCACCAGGGACGACGGCAUCCGGCCGGGCACCACCUUUGAGGCGCUGUCCAAGAUCCGGGUCGCCUUUCCACAGUGGGGGCCCACCACGACCGGCGGCAACGCCAGCCAAGUCACCGAUGGAGCCGCUGCCAUCCUCCUAAUGAAGCGCUCAACCGCCAUCAAGCUAGGCCAGCCGAUCCUAGCCAAGUACGUCGGCUCGACGGUGGCGGGCCUGGCGCCGCGCAUCAUGGGCAUCGGGCCGACGGUGGCCAUCCCCAAGCUGCUCUCGCAGCACAACCUGUCGCUGGCCGACGUGGACGUAGUCGAGGUCAACGAGGCAUUUGCGAGCAUGGCCGUCUACUGCCGCGACAAGCUGGGCCUGGACUGGGCCAAGAUGAACCCGCGCGGCGGCGCCAUCGCGCUGGGCCACCCGCUCGGCGCCACGGGCGCCCGACAGAUCGUCACGGGCCUGAGCGAGUGCCGGCGGUCGGGCAAGAAGAUCCUGCUGACGAGUAUGUGCAUCGGCACGGGUAUGGGCAUGGCCGGGUUGUUUGUAAAUGAGCAAUGA